AUGAAGGGCCCUACCCCCGAGCAGCAUGACGGCUCCGGCCUCCGGAUUGGCAUCGUCCACGCCCGUUGGAACGAGAGCAUUAUCGACCCGCUCCUAGAGGGCACCAAGGCGAAGCUACUUGCCUGCGGCGUCCCCGAGUCCAACAUCAUCGUCGAGUCGGUGCCCGGCUCCUGGGAGCUGCCAAUUGGCGUCCAGCGACUCUUCGCCGCCUCCCAGAUCCAGUCCUCCAGCUCCUCGGGCGGCCCCUCGCUCUCCGCAGGCGACCUGCUCGGCGGCUCAACCACCGACCUGACGUCUCUGCCAACGACGACUUCCGCCGCCUCGCAGCCCUUCGACGCCCUCAUCGCCAUCGGCGUGCUGAUCAAGGGCGAGACCAUGCACUUCGAGUACAUCGCAGACGCCGUGUCCCAGGGCCUCAUGCGCGUGCAGCUCGACACGGGCGUGCCCGUCAUCUUCGGCGUCCUGACGGUGCUCAGCGAGACGCAGGCCCAGGCCCGCGCGGGUGUCAUCGAGGGCAGCCACAACCACGGCGAGGACUGGGGCCUGGCGGCUGUGGAGAUGGGUGUCAAGAGGAAGGGCUGGGCUGCGGGAAAGACGGCUUGA